AUGUCUUUCGUCGAGCGCCUUCCUCCGGAAAUCACGACAGUGAUAUUCAAACAGUGCAUCCCACCGUUAUCGAAGCGCCCAGGCGACUCGUAUCCAAGAAGUUCUGACGCCCCUCUUGUCCUGACGGUCGUCUGCUCGUCCUGGCGAGCAUUCCUUCUUGAUUGUCCCACCCCUUGGACAAACUUAUUUCUAACGAACAAAAUAAAGGUCCCCGGAGUCGUUCAACGGGUACGAGAAUGGUAUACACGAAGCAAAGGCUCUCCGGGAAUGCAAGUAUCGUUGAGGCAAUUGCCACUGGAAUGGGUCAAAUGGGCUCGAGCCUGGCAUCCUGACGAGGAGACAAGAAGAGAAUUACAAGCAGAAUACGACACCCAUUGGCGGGCGCUCAUUCAAGUAACCCUUGUGGAGCAUUCAGAGAUAAUCCAGGACCUGCGUCUAUAUGUCUCGGACGUGAAAGGCAGUCAAAUAUUCUUCGAUAUACCAAGCGGGAGCUUGUGCAACCUCGAAUCUCUUACCCUCGAAAUUGACAACUACAAUUCGCGAUUCCCGACAACGGUCUUUGCAGCAGCGCACAGGCUCCGUCGUGUGAGUCUGUGCUUUCAUUCCGGAUUGCUGUUAGACCCAGAAGUGCCCGACGGGGAAGCUUUGGUACUCCCUUGGGCUCAGUUGACAGAGCUUAUUCUACCCCUCAAGCCUGUCUACCCGGCAAUGCUUUCCAAUGUGCUGUAUCGCUCCCCGAACCUACGUAAAUUGGCACUGGUUGUGACAGGAAGCGCCCUCGAAGACAAUGCCUUCAGGUUCGUAGAAGGGCCUUUAGUGGCACCCCACCUUCGCGAACUCGCUUUGUGCCUAUCCAGCGGUCCACCUGCCAAUCUAUCUCUCCUCGACAAUGUCGUGCUUCCAUCCCUAUCUUGCCUAAUCAUUCAGGACGCCUCAACGGCCUUGACGUCUUCCUUUUUUCAUUGGAAUAUGACCAGAACACCCACUCAUUUCCUACAUCAAAUUCGGCAACUUAGGAAGCUUUCAUUGGAGGGGCCCAUGCCCCACUUGACGGGUAAUGUUUUGCUGGAUAUACUGGCUUUCGUACCUCUUCUUGAGGACCUUCAACUCGACGCGACCAUACCUGAAUUCCUCCUCCUCCUCCUACGUGGGCUAACAUGGCACCAAGUCCGAAACGAAGCGCGACAGGAUCAUGACAAUUCAUCCUCCAGCACGACUCUCCUUUCCAAACUCUCCACUUUUGGUGUCCACUUCAACGAGGGGCUCUACGGUAAUUUGUCGCAAUUCUUCAUAGACAUGUCGAAUUUCAAUGUCGACUUCGUGGCCAUGGUGAUCUCACGGAGCCCGCAUCUGACCCUUGAAGUCUCACUGGACGAAAAGGGCGUUGCCUCGUCUCCUACCUGCGAACUGUUCGCAUCUAUAUCACAACCUCCUGGAACCGCCCCGGGGCACUUGAUAUCGACGAUUUGUCCAAACGUGCAGAUUAUCCAGAGUCCGGCGGCUAUCUUGGACCACCCGGAAGCCAUCCAGAAGCUAUAUCUAUCUGUCGUCAACAUGGACGGGAGUAAGCGUGUUUUCCAGGCGUCAAAUGACCCGUUCACCAACAUCGAAGUGUUGGAGUUGCAGAUCCAGAAAGGGCGUUUCGACCCAUCACGAGUGUCGGUUUCCACAACGACGCCAAAGUUGCGUCGUGUUUGCAUCGGAAUUUCCCCGCUAAAACUACCGCACGGCCUGGAGGGAGAGUGGCUCUCUUGGUCCCAAUUGACGUCACUUGGCCGCGCUCGACGGGCAAAAUCGACACUCAUCACCAUCAUCCAACAUUGUCCGGACCUGCGAAAAAUGGCGUUGCAGGUCAAUGAAGAGGGAGAAGCCCCCGACGUACAGGACAGGUUGUUGCACGCUGUCUUCGCGAGCUUGGAGUGCGGUCGCGUCGUUACCCACCAGCGGACCUUUCCAUGUUCGCCAACAUCGGGCUGCCCUCCCUUUCUUUUCUCGCUAUUCAAGACGUUCCUUCACCUGCUUCACCUGCUCCGAUCACUUUCUUUGCGAGGGAUGAUGCACCUGAAAACCCCCGCUCUUCUGACGGUCCUGGAGCAUGUACCCCUACUCGAAGAGCUGGAGAUCGACGUGGUUGUAGCCGGUAUCCUCAGUCUGUUUCGCAGCCUGACGGUUUCCCAAGGCGACCAGGCAGAUGGUGGGGUGAAAAAGCCUCUUCUCGUCCCCCUUCUCCAUUCGUUUGGCCUUUUUAUUAACGAGUCGGUCACUUACUACGUUGGUGCUGCUAUUCUCGUCAAAGAAACGGCAGGAGUGAAUACACACUUGGUAGCUAUGAUAGCUUCCCGUGGACCUCGCCCCAACUUCCACCACUCUUUCCAUGAUGGGACCAGCAAUGCACAACUUAAGGAGACCCUUCCGACACGUCUCUGUCGCCGUCCUGCGCCGUGCGCACGUCUGUAUGAUUUCAUGGUCGACUGA